GUCAGCGCCCAGAGGAUAAAGCGAUCUAUGCGGCUCUGCUCUCAUCUCUGCUGAGCGCGUUUCAGAAUUAGCGGCACUUUGUUGUUUAUCUAUCUGCUGUAAUUCCGGUUCAAUCCAGUUUCUUUAUAAAGCAGCUCAGGCUUCCGUUUACUGAAAAUAUUGCGGGUUUUUUCUGUUUCCUUGUAUUUUUUCAACCGUUUCUCCCACGUGACGUGUCCUUUGUGUUGUUUAGUUUACACGCAGAGCUUCAGACACGCAGCGUGGGUGUCCUUAUUUCCACAUGGGGAUAUUUUGGGGGGUUUUAUGGUGAAACCUCCACCUUUUUCUGAGCGGAUACAGAGAGAAGCCCAUGAGGCGCUGUGGGGGCCACAGGUCCCUGCGUCCCCCCCCUCAGAGCCCCGCGCUGGCCUUUGGUUUCUCCACCAUGAACGUCUCUAGGAGCAAUUAUCGCGUGUUUUCUGCAAACUCCUCAUCCGGCUGCACCGAGCUGCCCACCAAGAUCACAGAGCGCCUGGGUGUGGAGCUGGGCAGGUCGGUCGUUUAUCAGGAGUCAAACUCAGAGACGAAAGUGGAAGUGAAGGAAUCUGUCCGAGGACAAGACGUCUUUAUUAUUCAGACCAUUCCAAGGGACGUCAACACGGCCGUCAUGGAGCUGCUGGUGAUGGCUUACGCUUUGAAGUCGUCUUGUGCGAAGAACAUCAUCGGAGUCAUUCCCUACUUUCCCUACAGCAAGCAGUGCAAGAUGAGGAAGAGAGGAUCCAUCGUCUGCAAGCUGCUGGCUUCCAUGCUGGCCAAAGCCGGUGAGGCAGAGCUGCACGGUAGAGGGGCCGUUGUGCUGUGGGAAGCUGGUUUCCUCCGUCUCAGGCUGAGGUGCUGCAGCUUAAGACUCUUCAGUUUCUGCCUGUUCUCCUGUUUCAGAGCCCAGUCCUACGCUGAGAGACUGCGACUCGGCCUGGUGGUGAUGCACGGGGAGGGGCAGCAUUCAGAGUCGGACAUGGCAGACGGUCGGCACUCCCCCCCGCUGUCCCGGACCACGGCGGGACACACUGGCCUGGAGCUGCCAUUGAUGAUGCCGAAGGAGAAGCCUCCUAUCACCGUCGUUGGAGACGUAGGAGGAAGAAUCGCCAUCAUCGUGGAUGACAUCAUAGACGACGUGGAGGACUUUGUUGCAGCAGCAGAACGACUAAAGGAGAGAGGAGCCUAUAAGAUCUACAUCAUGGCCACGCAUGGGCUGCUGUCUGCAGAAGCCCCCCGGCUGAUAGAGGAGUCUGCUAUAGAUGAGGUGGUGGUGACCAACACCGUCCCCCAUGAGGUGCAGAAGCUUCAGUGUCCCAAGAUCAAAACGGUGGACGUGAGUCUGAUCCUGGCUGAGGCCAUCCGCCGCAUCCACAACGGAGAGUCCAUGUCCUACUUGUUCCGGAACAUCGCCGUGGACGACUGAGGCGGCGCCACGGGACGGGCACUUCCUGUUCAACAUAAAUCUGAUUGAUUUACCGAAUGUCUCACAUGAGGCAAGAAAAAAAAACAGACUUGAUGCUCAGAGGCGACGUUCUCACUGGCGUUUGGUUUUUCUCUGCUCUGGAAGAAAAAAAAUAAAGGUUUCGAUUUUUAUAAACGUUGCCUUUAACUUUAUUUAUCUUCAUCCAUCUUAACCCUUUAUAGCAGGGGUCUGCAACCUGCGGCUCUAGAGCCACAUACGGCUCUUUGGACCCCCUACAGUGGCUCUU